CGCGUCACGUGGCUGCGCAGCGUCCAGGGUGCGGAGCCGCGGGCCGCCGGGCAUGGACCCGCAGACCGCCCGGGCUGUGGCGCUGGGGGCUGCGGGGCCGGCUCGGGGCCUGCCGCUGCCGAGCGCGCGGGAGGCGCCCCCUAGCCCAGAGGCUGGCUUUGGCCCAGAUGACCACUCCGGUCAGGAGAGAGAGACAAAGAAGGCCAUGGAUCGCCUAGGCAAACUGGGCAAUUAAUGGCUUUACCUUUUUCCUUUUGUGGAUUUCUUAGCCAGUGGAGCACAGAGCAUCCCUAAUGAUAGUCCUGCCGGUGGCGGGGGCCCGCAUCCUGAAGAGGAAGGCUUUGCUGUGGGUGAUGAAGACUCUGAUGGGGAGCUGAAUCCCUGGGAGCCGUCAGAAAGGGUGUCCGGCUGUCUGCCCAGGGAACAGGCUGCUGAUCUUCUCAAUGAGGACUGGGACUUGGAGUUGAAAGCAGAUCAAGGGAAUCCAUAUGAUGCUGACGACAUCCAGGGUUGCAUUUCUCAAGAGGUCAAACCUUGGGUGUGCUGUGCCCCGCAAGGAGAAAUGCUCUAUGACCCCAGUUGGCACCACCCACCUCCACUGAUACCCCAUUAUUCUAAGAUGGUCUUUGAAACUGGACAGUUUGACGAUGCUGAAGACUGAGAGUGCCGCUUUUUGCCUGGUGGAUAGAUGGACCCUCAAGAUCAAGGUCUCUCUUCUUUUCUUUGAGGCGAGAGGUCAUAUCUGAGGAAAUAUUCCCAGUGAUCUCUGAGCCAGGUACACAGUCUGGUGUUAAAUAAGGUCCCACUGUCUCCUAGUUCUUUUGUUGUUGUUUUUAAUGAGUUCCUCCUUGGAUGUGUGUUUGUUUCUGUGUCAGGAGGAAGAGUUGUGUUCUUUAUAAAUAAAGGUAGCCAAAAAA